AAUUAUUGUAUAGCCAUAAAGCCAGCCGUUCUCAAUUUUAUGGGGCUCUAUAAAUUCCCCCCAACAAAGGCUUGAUUCCUUGCCUCCAAGCUUUAAACAAACAAAAUAUCACAACUGUCUCCACCUCCAUCUCAAAGUUCUCCAUAGGCAUCUUCACUCUUUUGGAGUAGCUGAGAAUAACCUUCAACUUUCCAAGUUUAGUAAUGGCAAUCUCGACUCUGUUUCAUGCCCUUGUUGUUUUGCUUAUAUCAACUGCUUUGGCUACUACAAAAGCUAACACUGAAGGGGAUGCUCUAUACGCGUUGAGAAGAGCUGUUGAUGAUCCACAAGGUGUUCUUGAAAGCUGGGAUCCGACUCUGGUGGAUCCGUGUACUUGGUUUCAUGUCACUUGUGACUCUGAGAAUCGGGUUAGCCGUCUAGAUCUUGGAAAUGGAAAGCUGUCGGGCAGACUAGUUCCCGAGUUGGGGAAGCUGGAACGUUUGCAGUAUCUGGAACUGUACAUGAACAACUUGGUUGGUUCUGUACCACAGGAGCUUGGAGGACUUAAGAGCCUUAUUAGCUUGGAUCUUUAUCACAAUAACCUUACAGGGCCCAUUCCGUCUUCACUCUCUAAUCUCUCUAAUCUCAAAUUCCUGAGACUUAAUGGUAACAAAUUGACUGGAAGGAUUCCAAGGGAACUUACGAAACUUGGAAGCCUGAAGAUCCUAAAAUUUACAGCGACGUGUCGAAUAAUGAUUUGUGUGGAACAAUUCCAACCUGGGGCACGUUCUCAAAGUUCUCGGAGGAAAGGUGAUAGAUACAUUUCAUCCCCUACUAGAUAGUUUUAUGAACAAUCCAAGACUGGAGGGACCAGAAUUGAUGGGAUUUGUGAGAUACGAUGCAGGAGGCUGUAAAUGACGCACCAAAGAGGCCACCAUCAUGACCAAUUCCAUAGUAAUGUCUCAUUAUAUGGAAAUGGCGACAAAUUUUUCUAAUUUUAUUAACUAAUUAGGGCAAUACAACAAGAUGUUGUUCUUGUAUUAAUGGAGAUAUCCUUAUUUUCAACUAUAUGUAAUUGUCUUUUUCUCUUAUAUAUAGUAUUAUAUCUUUUGCUUCA